GAGUCCGGGAGCGCGGAGAGACUUUGACGCUCCAUUCUCCGCACUUACUCCUCCCUCUCGGCGCAGGGAGCUCUUAGGUUGAAUCGCUGCCUCACUGACUGCGGCGGAUGUUUGCUUCGGUGAGAACCGAUGAAACGACUUCCGCUUCCGGGUGAAAGGCCACUUUCGCUUCUGCGCCGUUGUUCUCCAGUCCUGGCACCUGAGCCUGGGUGGAAACGAGGGAGCUUCGGGGCUGUUUUUCUUGAAGCAGCGCCCUUGGUCGGGGCAGCACCUCCAGCGUGGGGGAGGCCAGAGGUUCCAUUCAGAACAGCCUCUUGCAUCUGAGUCGGUGUUGGACGUUAGAUCGGGAUGAUCGAAGUAGUUUGCAAUGAUCGGCUGGGCAAGAAAGUGCGAGUGAAGUGCAACCCUGAUGACACCAUUCGGGACCUGAAAAAACUCAUCGCUGCCCAGACGGGCACUCGGUGGGACAAGAUCGUGUUAAAGAAAUGGUACACAAUUUUCAAGGACCACGUGUCGCUGGCAGACUAUGAGAUUCAUGACGGCAUGAACCUGGAAUUAUAUUACCAGUAGCACGCGCUGCAAUUUUUGCAAAGCAGAUGCUACCUUUUUAAUGCCUUUUUUUGUUUGUUUUCUUUUAAAUUCAUUGUCGUCGUCAGUGAUGUUUUGGGAUCUGAGAUCUGAUUAGCAGCAUUUUAGCUCUGAUGGCAAUAAACCAGAAAACCAGUUUUCCCUUGUUUUGUUUAAAUAUAUACGGAUGUUUAUAAUAAACGUGAUUUCAACA